AUGUUUGAUGAAUUAACAGAACGGCACCGUAGAAUUAGAGUGAAACGUCAUACUACAGUUGCUGAUAGUCCCUUAAGAGUAUUAUUGGCAAUGUAUACAAAAACAAAAUAUUCACCAUUACCCCCUUUAGAUCGUUCUUAUCGCGAUCAACUUGCUUCAUUAAUUAGUUUCUUAGGUGCACUGCAAAUUACUACAACAGUUAUCGUAGAUUCAUUAGAUGAAAGUAAUUUCUUUUUUAAUUCAGCUGAUCCAAAUUUAAGUACACUACAAAUUUUUGCUGAUUCUAUAACUAAUGAUGAUAUUUUACACUUAGCAUUGGGUAAUUGGGGAGAAGGUACUGAAAUAAAGAAUAGCUUUGUGUUCUAUGUUUUUAUUGCUAAAAACCCAACUACUCUAAUGAAUAUUUCAUGGAAUCGUCAAGAUAAAAUACCAAUAAUUGAUUUAAAAUGGGAUGAAUUACAAUUAAUUAAUUAUAUUGACUACGUAUUUGAUUAUCUACGGACGAAAGCCCGUUAUCAAUGUAAAUCUUUACCUGAUAUAUGUUUUUUAUUGGGCGAAAGAACAUCAUGUGUUGAUACUAUGAAACAAUUACGACAUCCUCGUGAUUUUCAUAUAUUUUUUGGUAUAUUAAUUAAACAUAUGAGUACUGUUUGUACAGAACGCAAUCCACCAUUCAUCGCUACUCAAGAAGAUUUAAAUGCCGCAUUAGCAGAAACAAAAUUAAGAAUUUUGAAAGACUAA